AACAUGGCUAGAGAAAAGUGCUUGAAGAAGUCAUUUAAGGAUACCUUGGAAGACAUAAAAGAGCGCAUGAAAGAGAAAAGAAAUCAGAGAUUGGCCAAGCUGGGCAGAUAUGCUUUGGGCAAAUCAAACACAGUCCUGUCCGCCAAGGGUAAAAUUGCAGAUGACUCUUCUGUGCGGCUGCAAAAAUUCCAAGCAAACAAUAAAGCGUUAGCUCUGGCUUUAGAAGAGGAGAAAAGCAAAAUGAGAGAAGCACAAGAUAUCAUUCUGUACUUAAAGAGAGAAUAUCAGUCUCUGAAGUUUCAGAUAUUUGUCUUGCAAAGAAAGGUUGAGUUGCAACAAGAAAAAGAACAUGCUGAGACUAGAUUAUUGAUGGUGAAGAAUGUUAUUUCUAAAGCUGUUCAAAACCUCCUGGAAGCAACUAAUCUUCUUGAUCCCUUAAAGGAUUUAUGUGCUACAGAAGUUAGCCAGACUCUGCGUGUCCGAACAGUUGAAGAGUGUGACUCCAGUCAUGGGGAAAAUCAAACUGCUUUGAGAAUUGUAAAGCCUGACUUCACCAUUACGGUAAAUAAGCAAGGCAAAGCAUUCUCAAGUGAACUUGAGGAUAACACGGACAAAAAUUGUUCAGAUUUUUUAUCUGAUUCCUGGCAAGAUGUAGAAAAUUUCCCCACAGACUUAACACUGCAGACAAAUAAAGGUUGGCAAAAUAGUUCUCCUGAGGACUGUCAACUGUAUGAGAGCAGAAAUAGUUCAUCAAAUGAAGACAAUAAGCAAGUUGGUAAUUCCUUACCUAAAAGCGUAUCUACCCGGCGUCGCUUUUCGAAGAUCCAAGACCAGAGGGAGUUCUAUGUUUCGGAUAGUAACAAUUUAGAAAUAACCGACCAGAUUACAGAAUCUUGUGAACAAGACAAAAGUAGACCUGAGAGAGAUCUAGAGAUGAAUGAGCAGUUUGAAGAAAUGCAUCCAUGUGCAGAGAAUACAUACGAUACAAGCACAGAUCAACAUUUUGUAUGCUCAGGUAUGCUGACUGAAUCCAGUUCAUCAACAACAGAUCUAAAGGAAACUAAUUUUAGUAGUACUGGUGAUUCUCAAACACAGAAGGAGAGAGGUCAAAAAAGGAAACUGGAAGAAGUGAAAAAGCAUUCCAGGACAAGAUCAAAAAAGAAAAGUCAGAGUAAACGUUCCAAACAAAAAACAGAUUCAUCUGUCGGUUCCAGUGAUGCUUAUGACUUUAUUUUUGAGGAGAGCAUCCAUAUUACACCUUUCCGACAAAACAAAGAAAAUGAGAGUAUUGUGGACAACAAAAAUUAUGUAGAAGAAAUGUGUAGUGAUUUGUCAUCAGAUGAUGACUCUAAUGACAGUCCCUAUGUGCCUUACAAAGACAAAUUAAAAUCUGGGAAAACAAUCCAUGGAAGUGAUGCAGUUCCAGUACAUACAAGACAACAAUCAAAAAAGACUGCUUUGGAACAGCAUGAAAGAACUACUGAGAGGAAAAUGUCUAUUGGCAAAAAUGGAAGUAAUACAUCUGUAACUAGAAAAAACAGUGGACCUAAUGCUGUAAUGAAAAUUGCUGAAGAUGUUGCAGGUUCCGUUUUCACUGUAGAGGACAAAGAAAAAGAACACAUAAGUUCUUCUGAAAAUAUCAGCUUCAAAACAGAUAAGCCUUCUGAGGAUCUUCAAAAAUUUUGUCAUCUUGGCGAUAUCACCAACCUUGCAUCAUCUUCUACAAGAACGAGAAAUUCUCAUCCUCCCAUUACUACUGGUGAAAAAGAUUCUUCUCAUCACAGACGCAGAUGUACAGGUAGCAUGAGCUAUAAGGAACCACCUCUCAAUAGGAAACUUCGACGAGGAGACCCUUUUACAGAUACCGGUUUUCUGAAUUCUCCAAUCUUUAAGGAGAAAAAGACACCCAAGUACAAGUCAGUUAAAAGGAAAUUUGUUUCCAGAUACGAUGAGGCAUUUGUUGGUUGCCUUUGAUAACUUUUU